ACAAGUACUCCAUCGGGUUCCUGCCGCGGGAGAACGGGGUUCACUCCAUCGACCUGCGCUUCAACGGGCGCCACGUGCCCGGGAGCCCCUUCAACAUCCGCGUGGGGGAGCAGGGCCAGGCCGGGGACCCCGGCCUCGUCACCGCCUACGGGCCCGGCCUCGAGGGCGGCCUCACAGGCGUGUGCUCCGAGUUCCUGGUGAAAACGGCCAACGCGGGCCCCGGGGCUCUGUCCGUCACCAUCGAUGGUCCCUCCAAGGUGAAGCUGGACUGCGUGGAGUGCGCCGAGGGCCACCGCGUCACCUACACCCCCAUGGCCCCCGGCAACUACCUCAUCUCCAUCAAGUACGGCGGCCCCCACCACAUCGUGGGCAGCCCCUUCAAGGCCAAGGUCACCGGCCCGCGUCUCUCGGGGGGUCACAGCCUGCACGAGACGUCCACGGUGCUGGUGGAGACGGUGACGCGGGGGGGGGGCGGCGCGGGGCCCCCCCGCCUUCGGGGCGCUCCCCAAGUUCUCCUCGGACGCGGGCAAGGUGGUGGCGCGGGGGCCGGGGCUGGCCACCGCCUUCCUGGGCCAGAAGAACCACUUCACCGUGGACUGCAGCAAGGCCGGUACCAACAUGCUGAUGGUGGGGGUGCACGGCCCCAAGACCCCCUGCGAGGAGGUGUACGUCAAGCACAUGGGCAACAGGAUCUACAACGUGACCUACACGGUGAAGGAGAAGGGGGACUAUGUCCUGAUCCUGCGCUGGGGCGAGGACAACGUCCCGGGCAGCCCCUACCGCGUCACCGUGCCCUGACCCCCGGCACCCAGCGCCGUGCUGGGGCACCAAUAAAGCACUGGGAGAGUCAGGGGUUGUGGUCAUUGGGGGGAAUGGGGGGCAUAUGGGGGGGGAUAUUGGGGUCCUAG